AUGACCCAACGACAGAGGUGCACACUGGGAAGGACAGUUGUCGGCCAGAAACAUUGGCGUGGAGCCCAUCAAAAAAGUUCUCUCCGCCUGGUUGCCACUUGAUUCGAUUUAUCUUCACGUCCAGACAGCUUAACACUAUCAAAAGAACCCGAAAAUCUCUUGAAUAAUAAAAAAAAACGUUGGAAUCGCUGUCAUUUCACCCCAAUCGACUCGCUUCAACUAACCCUCCUUCACUUACUUUACAGUGAGAUUCUCAAUAAGAUCGACUAAUUUUGAGUUAUUCUCGACGUUUCCAGUCCAAAUUUACAUUUUUUAAAUUUGAAAAAGUUGUAUUUUUGUGAUUAUACCCAUGAAAGGGAAGGAAAAUGUCGGUUCUAUUCAAAAACGGGAUGAUUACUCAUUCGGAAAAACUUUCUCGCUCUUUUCAAAUUUCUUAUUGUAUUAUUGUUACUAUUUCUUUGAGAUUUAUUUAUUUUUGAGCAAUUUUUUUAUAAAAUAAUACAUAAAAAUAUUGUUGAUUCCAUUGAAGGUUCUCUAUAUUUUUUUCGGGUUAUAACCAUGUAAAUCCCCCCGCCCCCCUAAAAAACUUUCGCUUUUUUUCUGACUUCUUAUUGUAUUCUUGUUACUAUUUCUUUAAGAUUUAUUUAUUUUUCAGCAAUUUUUUUAUAAAAAUAUUAUUGGUUCCAUUGAAGGUUCUCUAUAUUUUUUUGGGUUAGGAGCAUGAAAAUCCUUCCCCCCAAAAAAAUUCAUCAAAAUCCAUUGGAAAGACCCGUGGCAAUGAAAGUUCAAUUGUGUAGUUGGCAUGAAAUCCUGAAUUUCUAAAGUCGUUAAAAUACCCCUUUUUUGAUUUCCUCGUGGAGAAAUGUGUUUCUUGGAGAACUGGAAAUUUUCAAAUAUUGAAAAUAUUGGCCCUUUGGUUAAUUCAUACCGAUCAUAAGCUUCAUUUCUAUGCGACUUUGAGAAAAUAUCCUAAUUAAAGAAUCAUGUUGCUGAUCAAAAACGGAACGGUCGUCAACGAGGACGGCAUCUUCAAGUCCGACGUUCUCGUCCAUGAGGGAAUCAUUGUGUAUGUUGAACACACUUAUAAAAUUCCAGGACUUUUGUUUUUAGUAAGGUGUUGCCGAAUAUUACGCCAACGGCAGAUAUGGAAAUUGUCGACGCUACCGACAAAAUGGUGAUUCCGGGAGGAAUCGAUCCACACACCCACAUGCAGUUGCCCUUCAUGGGAGAGGUAUAGUUUAUUUUUCCACGGUUAUAGUCAAUCCUCUCGACUUGAAAGGUGAAGUUAACUGAAAAGGGUGAAGCGUUGCGCACGGCGUUCCCAAACGGGGUGGGGAAACGUCAAAAAAAUUUUAGCGCGAAAUUUCAAAUCUCAAGUACGCAGCCAAAUGUAUUCUUCAUGCCGUUGAAUACUCAGUUUAACCUGCUGUGACGUCACAGUCCUUCUAUCCGAAGCGCGCAUUUACUUUUUUUGUAAAUUCAGAAACUUUGACGCCUCGCCCACCUUCCCUCACCCCAUUAGAAAUGCCGUGUUGCGGUUGCGACGCGGCUUUUAGCGGGAAACGAAAUUUCAAAUCCAAGCCUCCUUCUCUUGUUCAUUGAUUAGUGUGUGUAGUAGAUAAAAUUUCGUUUAUCGAAGUUUCAUUUUCCCGCCAUAGGCCGCAUCGCGACCGCAACUCUUCACUACGGUAAACAUGCGGACAUCGCCUUUCAAGCCAGGAAAGUUGGGCUAUUCAAGUUCAUAAGCCUUGGAAAACAAUUUUCCAGAUCGCCAAAGACGACUUCCACCGAGGUACGGAAGCCGCCAUUGCUGGAGGGACCACCAUGGUUUGACAAUAUCUCUUCUUUCUCAAAAAAUUCUCAUCAGAUCAUCGACUUUGUCAUUCCAAACAAGGGAGAAUCGCUACUGGUCGCCUACGAGAGAUGGCGAGGCUGGGCCGACCCGAAAGUCUGCUGUGACUAUGGACUUUCUAUGGCCAUCACUUCCUGGAACGAGGAAGUCUCCAAGGAGAUGGAGAUUGUCACUAGACCCGAAUAUGGUAUCCAUCUCUAAAAAGUCACUUCAACUUUUUCAAGGAAUCAACUCGUUCAAGUUCUUCCUCGCCUACGCCGGCAUGUUCAUGGUCCGUGACGAAGAGUUCUACCAAGGUUCUGCCUCACUUAUGAACUAUUCCUAAGUUAAAAUCUUCAGGAAUGGUCAGAUGCUCGGCGCUCAAAGCCCUAGCCAGAGUACAUGCAGAAAACGGGGCCGUUAUCCAAGAAAAAAGCAAGGAACUCUUGGAGAUGGGCGUGACUGGACCCGAAGGUCAUACUCAGAGUCGUCCUGAGGAGGUUCUCAGGAGCUCAAUAGAAGAAUUAUUCAAUGUUUUCAGCUCGAAGCAGAGGCCACGAAUCGGGCUUGCGUCUUGGCUUCUCAAGCCAACUGCCCACUUUACGUGGUGCAUGUGAUGUCGAAGGGAGCCGCCGCUGCCAUUUCUUACCAUCGGAAGAAAGGUUCGAGCUUUUAGGUCAUCUGAGCUCAAAUGAGCAAGACUUUUAGGAUCAAUCGUGUUCGGCGAGCCGAUCGCAGCAAGUCUUGGCACGGACGGAAGCCACUACUACAACCCAGACUGGCUUCAUGCCGCUCGCUACAUCAUGUCGCCGCCUCUGAGCCGUGACCCAACCACGCCAGUAUCACUGAUGAAUCUGCUUGCGGCGUGAGUUGGCUUGAGCCAGUCGUAUCGAUGAAAUGUCUCAACUUGAGUAGGGUGGUCUCGUUUCCUAUAGUCAAUGUAUCCCGACUUGAAAGGCGAGGGAGGCGGGCAAAAGGGCGGGACGCGUAGCGUGUGCAUACACGGUUCUUGGCACCAGUUCAAUUCAACCGCCAGCGACUAUCUGUAAAGCUCGUUCAUCGCUCUUUGCAUUCCUUUUUUUAAAUUAUUUAUUGAUUUUAUUCAUGUAUUAUGCAUUAAAAAUAGUUUAACAUAUAAAGAAAGAGCGGUGACCGAGCUUUUUGAAUAGUCGAUGCGCUUGAAUUGAACUCGUGCCAAGAACCGCGUACGCACACGCAACGCGUUCCGCCCCCUGCCCCGCCUCCCUCGCCUUUCAAGCCGGGAAACAUUGACUAUAUAAGUAAUCAAAGUCUUAGGAAUAGCCCUUUCAAGUGUUUUUCAUAUUGAGCUCACUGCUGAAGCUUCAAACAGAGUACCAAGCCUCAAAAGAACUUCAAAAUGUUCGAAUUGUAGAUGGUGGUUGUUAACAUCUCAAGGUGUACAUCGAAUCACCUCGUGAUUCUGAAGCAGUUUUUAAGAUGUGUGCUAGAAGCCUCAAACUUGGAUAACGUUUGAGAUUUUCUUUCCAGGGGCGAGCUGCACCUCACAGCCACGGACAACUGCACCUUCGAUUGCAAGCAGAAGUCCCUUGGAAGGUACUCAAAAAAGCCAAAAGUCAAGCUCAAGGACUCUUACGAUUUUCAGACACGACUUUACAAAAAUCCCCAACGGUGUGAACGGCGUCGAGGACCGAAUGUCGGUGGUUUGGGAGCGCGGCGUCCACAGCGGAAUUAUUGAUCCGAUGCGUUUUGUUCAAAUCACGAGGUUCCCUUUGAAUCCUUGCAAGGAAUCUGAAGAUGAAGUUCAGCUCGACAGCAGCCAAAAUCUUCAACAUCUACCCGAAGAAGGGCCGAAUCGCCGUCGGUUCUGACGCCGACAUUGUCGUCUGGAAUCCCAAAGCCAGCCGGGUCAUCUCCAAGGACACACAUCAUCAUGUUUGCGUUUUAUUGGUGCAAUUAUGAAUCUUAUUUAUCCUCAGAACGUGGACUUUAACAUCUUCGAAGGGAUGUCGGUCCACGGGGUUCCUGAGGUGACGAUAGUCCGCGGGAAGGUGGCUUGGGCCAACGGAAAGCUCAACACUCAGCCUGGGUCUGGCCGAUUUGUCGAGUUGCCGCCGGAUUCGCCGUUCGUAUUUUCGGCUAUCGCCAACCGCGGCAAGGUACGGAACUAUCGAAGGAUUCUGGAUUUUUUGAGGAUUGUUGGAAUACUCUUUGCCCAAUAAUUUUGUUUUGAAGGGACAGUGAAAAAAAGUUUGAGAACUUGUUGAAAUUUGGCUGAGAUUUACUCUGAAGCCUCAUGGUUCUACUCCAAUCAGGCGAUUUCUAAGAAGGUGUUCGGAAGGUACUGGGAAGGCGUUGGGAAAAUCUCCUCAUGGCUCCUUGGAAGGCGUUUGGAAGGUUCCAGCAAGAGGUCAAACGCCUUCCGAAUAGUUUCCCAACGCCUUCUACUUACCUUCCAGAAGCCUGCUGAAAGCCUUCCGGCAAGUUGCCCGAAAUUUUAAACUUUUUACCUUCUAAGGACCUUCCAACUACCUUCUGCACACCUUCCGAAGGCUUUCACAAGACUUUCUAGCUUCCAUUCACCUUCCCACCUUUUUCCAAUUAUCUUCUUCACCUUCCCAGCCCCUUUAGCUUGAGGAAUUAGCUUGAGGCAGAACUUUUUGAAGCCUUUUGCUUUCUUGGAAAGUUAUGAAGCCUCAAAGUUAGUACGUUACUUUCGAAAUAGAAAAAUCGACGAUUUUUGGCGCUUUUAAGGCGAAAAAUAUAGAUUUAAAGGGAGUCUCAAAUAAAUCUCGAUGAAUGAAGAUGAGAAAGUCUUCAGGUUCACAUCUCAAAAUCACUAAAAAUGAUUUUUCAAAGACGAGAACUAUGAUAGAACUUUAUCAAGACCUCCAAAGGGUGUUUUGACAAAUUCUCGGAAAAAUCCAAAACCUAAAUGUCUACCUAAUGGUGUUUAUUUUGUUUUUUGAUGUUUUGUGUUCUGUUCAGAAAGCAACAGCAGUCGUCCGGUCCUAAUAAUUGUGGACGUCUUCUUCCUGGACUUUGAUAAUAAAUGUGUAUGUCUGUGUGUAGUUGUGCUGUUCUCAUUUUGUAUUGAUGAUAUUUUUCCGGACUUUCGCGAAGAAAAAAUGCAAAGCUACAAGCUUUCAAUGUUUCUAACGGGGGAUUUUCAGAUGCUCCAUAUUCUUCUGGUUGAAUCAGAAAAGUCAAAGAAGGGAAUAAUCAUAAAAUCCAAAAAAAAAACACGUCUAAAAGCAAAGUGAUCAGAAAAAAAAUCCCUAAAAGUUCCAAAAAUGCUUAAAAUACCUCUUCCCAAAAAUUUCAUACCAACCAGUGACUUCCAAGAACCUACUUGAAACAAAAUUUAGAACCUCUUAUUUUUCUUGACUCGAUAAAAAGUUCAAACGGUGUUCCCACUCUUCUAUUUUGUCCCAAUAUGUCCCAUAUUUCUGUUUUCCUCCUUCCUAGCAGUAGAAAAUCCCGAAAAUUUCCAGUCAAACGCUCCAAUCGCCGUCAAAAGAGAAGAUCCAGAGGCCACCGAGAAAAUCGUCACACCGCCCCAACAACGCGAAAAAAUCCCGCCGGGCGGAAUCAGUUCAAUCCAAUUUUGA